AUGGAAAGGAAGGUUUUUGGAGAAGUUGCUGCAAUGGUGUACGUAGUUGAGUUUCAGAAAAGAGGUUUGCCACGUGCUCAUUUUUUAAUUAUUCUAAAUCCUGAAUAUAAGAUGAAAUGCCCUGCUGAUUAUGAUAGGUUUUUUUGUGCUGAAAUACCUUCUGAAACUAAUGUUAAUCUUAGGCGAAUUGUGUUGGCUCAUAUGAUGCAUGGACCUUGUGGUGAACUGAAUCCAGAAUGCGCAUGUAUGCGCACACGUGGUCUUAAAUUAAGUUGCAAGAAUAAGUAUCCUAAGAAGUUCUGCAAUGAAACUACUAAUAGUAAAGAUGGCUAUCCUAUUUAUCGUAGAAGAGAAACUGGAGAAAAAGUAGUUAUAAGAAAUGUCGAGCUAGAUAAUCAGUGGGUUAUUCCAUAUAACCCUUAUCUUUCUUUGCUAUUUGAUUGUCAUAUAAAUGUUGAGGUGUGUUCGACAAUUAAGGUAGUAAAGUACUUAUAUAAGUAUGUAUAUAAGGGUCAUGAUAGAAUUUCUUAUAAUGUAGUGUCAUGUAAUAAUGAAGUUGUGGAUGAGACUAAGAAGUAUCAAUCAGGACGAUGGGUAUCUCCUUGUGAAGCGGCAUGGAGAAUCUUUAGUUUUGAUUUGUUCGAGAUGCACCCUCCAGUUUUACCUUUGCAGGUUCAUUUACCAAAUAUGCAGACUGUUUGUGUUCAUCCUCAUGAAAGGCUACAAGCUGUUGUCUCAAAUUCUAAACGAUCAAGAACUCAGUUGACUGAAUUUUUUGCAAUGAAUGCUGUCUCUGAAAUGGGUUGGGAUACUUAUAUGGUGAAUUUUGUGAACACUACACAUGGGAGCAGAGUACUAAGAAAUGGAAACAAAGGAAGCCCUAAGUCAUUUGAGGAUUUGAGAACUGUCAAUGGUCAUCUUUAUCCAACUUUUCAAGAAGCUUCUAUAAAACUUGGAAUUAUAGAAGACGAUGAUGCAACUGAGUUAACUUUGUCUGAAGCUUGUGAGACUCAUAUGCCUGCUGCCUUGCGCCGAUUAUUUGCAACAGUUCUUAUAUUUUGUCAGUCAAGUGAUCCUGCUGCUUUAUGGGAAAAGUAUUAUCCUUUUCUUGGUGAAGACUUCUCUCACAAAUUUCCACAACAGUUGCAAAAAGUGCAACAGCUUACUGUAAGAGCUAUAGAACAGCACCUUGAAGCCAUGGGAAAAUUGCUUGCUUUUUUUGGUCUAGACUAUUUAAAUUCCCAGGAUAACGAUGAGUUCAGGCGGACAAAGGACAUUCUAGAUGCCCUUGAUGCUCCUAUCCCAGAAGAAUGUUUAAGUUGCCGCUCUAAGUUGAAUUCUGCACAAAAUCUUGCUUUUGUGUGUAUUAUGGAUCAUGUUAUGCAGCAAAAGGGUGGAAUUGCUGCAGCAAACAUUCCUUCAGGUAGAACUGCUCAUUCAAGGUUUAAAAUACCAAUUGAUAGUGAAGCUUCUUUAGCGUGUGAUGUUCCAAAACAAGGUAGUUUAGCAGCACUAUUAAAAGAAACUGCACUUAUAAUAUGGGAUGAGGCUUCAAUGGCUAAGAAACAAAACCUUGAGUCUUUGGAUCUCUUGUUACAAGAUAUAUGUGGGAAUAAGUUUACAUUUGGAGGCAAGGUUGUUGUUUUCGGAGGUGAUUUUAGGCAGGUGUUACCGGUGGUCCCUCAGAAAACUAUGAAGGAAGCAGUUGAAGCAAGCAAUGGGAAAUUACAGCAGACAAAAAAUGCAUUCAUUGAGUUACCACAAGAUAUUGUCUAUUCCACCACCAAUCUAACAGAAUUAAUCUCAACUGUUACAGUCCAAACGUUUCCAGAAGUUGCUCAGGGACAGGUUGAUAGUCAAGUGUUCACUAAAAAAGCAAUUCUAACACCUAUGAAUGAUGAUGUUGAUUCUAUUAAUACAUCCAUGAUUGAGCAAUUCCCUGGUCAAACUGUUAGAUACAAGAGCUUUGAUGCCAUUUUGAAUGAUACAUGUAAUGUCUAUCCAACAGAAUUCAUCAACAAGUUAUGUCCUGGUGGUAUGAGUCCUCAUGAGCUGAUAUUGAAGGAAAAUUGCCCUGUUAUACUAUUGAGAAAUUUACUCCCUUCUUCGGGUUUAUGCAAUGGCACAAGACUUAUUUGCAACAGAUUUUUCCCAAAUGUAAUCUAUUGUACUGUAGCAGUUGGCCACUACAAAGGAGAAACAGUUUUCAUACACAGAGUCAAUCUAAGACCUUCUACUGGUGCCAAUUAUCCAUUCCAGUUUGAAAGAAAACAAUUUCCUAUCAAGUUAAGCUUUGCAAUGACAAUUAAUAAGUCCCAAGGACAAACUCUAAAUCAGGUAUCAAUUUAUCUUCCACGUCCAUGCUUUUCACAUGGGCAACUUUAUGUCGCAUUAUCUCGAGCUAAGAAAGCAAAAGAUGUCUGUGUCUUUACCAAAAAAGCUACAGAGAAGUGUUCUACAACUGUUGUUACUAAUGAACUAAUUUCCAAUUUAAACAAUUCAUACAUUAUUGAAUAUGAAGGUCCUUUGGUGCAUCAGAAAAUGAAUACACCUUCAAAAAUGAAGCUUGAACCUGUGUACUUAGAUGAACUCAACACUCAAAGUAAAGACUACAAGGUUAAAGUGACUGUAGCUGAAAAAGGAAGGGCUCAACCAUCACCAAAAAAACCAGGUGUUAUAUUUCAGACAAUCAUCUUAUAA